AUUGACAAUUCGAAAUCGAAAGUCGAACCAACGCGAUCACUUUAAAAAAAAAAUCCUUAAAUAUGAACUUUCUUAUUUUAUUAACCACUUUGUUGGUCGUUUCACUUUGUGGAGCACGCGAACUUGGACUUGGCCAGAGGACAGCAAGUCAUCAACUGGAUAAAGACGUAGUGCGUCCCGAGUCGCGAGUUGUGGGCGGUUCGGAGGCGCCACAGGCCUUUGCACCUUAUCAGGUGUCCAUUAUGAACACCUUUGGCGAACACGUGUGCGGUGGCAGCAUUAUCGAUAAUGAGUGGAUUCUCACAGCCGCCCAUUGUCUGGAAUGGCCCAUACAGUACCUCAAAAUUGUCACCGGCAGCAAUGACUACACGAAACCUGGAGCGGAGUAUCUUGUGGAUGCGGCCAAGAAACAUUGCGAUCACGAUAAGCCAGCCUAUCACAAUGACAUAGCGCUAAUCCAUGUAGCCACGCCCAUUGUCUACAAUGAGCGCACACAGCCCAUUAAGAUGGCCACAAAGGACUAUUUGAAGGGAGGUGACAAGGUCACCCUAACCGGCUGGGGCAGCACCAAGGCCUGGGGUCGCUAUGUCACCCAACUGCAGAAGAUCGACCUUGCCUUCCUGGAGCACAAGACGUGUGAGAAGAAGGUGCGUAAUGCCAGCUGGCUGGGAGAGGGACACCUCUGCACCCUCACCAAGGAGGGCGAGGGAUCCUGCCACGGCGACUCCGGCGGUCCGCUUGUCGAUGGCAAUCAGACGCUCGUCGGCGUCGUCAACUGGGGAGAAGCCUGUGCCCUCGGAUAUCCGGAUGUAUUCGCCUCAGUUCAAUAUUAUCAGCCCUGGAUCACCAAAAUGAUGACAGCUCAGGGAAAAGCUUGCUAAAGUCCAAAGAUCUUUUAUAAAGGAAUCUAUCACAAGAAUAAUGACACCAAAGAAACAGAUCUUGAAACAAAAGCACAAUGAUCAAAGAACAAAAGCCAUAACGAACAAAACCCAUAUUUAUCAUAUAAUUAUAAAAUAGUUUAUAGUCCAUAUAAUUUUAUCAGAAAAACAAAUAGUAUAUCAAGCAAAUAUAAAAUAUUUACGAGCAU